ACUAUGCCAGUCCACGUUCAUGGGCAGAAAAGCAAGUGCCUGAUAAACGGAACAGAUAUCUAGCUAGCACGACAAUGAUGACAAUCAUACUGCUACAUGCGCGGACUUGCAGGACGGUUGUUUUCCUGGCUAUUGCGUACGAUAUGCGAACCCACUUUUUGCCUGCAGGAGAAAAUGAAGGGGAAAGAGCGGAGUAUACGGAGUAUGCCUCUCUGCAGCAUCCUCCUGUUCUCCUGUUCUCCUGUUACGUGUCUUGUGCGUGGCGGAGAAAGAGGGGCAGUAUGGCAUUAUAAUGCUUCUUAUUCUAAAUAGCUAAAGACUUGAUGCUACUUCAAGGACUCUGUCCGAGCAUCCAGCAUAGUGCGGCACAUU